AUGCCCGCCGACGAAGAGGUACACGAGGGCGCCUCGACCAAAGAGCUCCUCAUCGAAGCCUGCCGCCGCAACAACACCGACCUCCUCGCCGACCUCCUCGCCGGCAGGCCCGACGCCGAGAUCACCGCCCUCCUCAACACCACCACCACCGUCAUGGGCAACCACCUGUACCACGAGGCCGCCUCGCACGGCAACUACGAAGUCAUCGACCUCCUCCUCGACCAGCCCUCGUUCGAGUGCGACCCCGUCAACCGCCUCGAGGGCGACACGCCGCUCCACUCGGCCGUGCGCUGGCUCAACGCCGAGCCCCCCGCCCAGCGGGCCUUCGGCAAGGCCCUCGUCGAGAUGAUGCUCGAGGCCGGCUCGAACCCCCGCGUCAGGAACAAGGGCGGCCUGACGGCCCUGCAGCUCGUCGACCCGCGCAACCUCGAGCUGCGCCAGCUCAUACAGCAGCACGAGUACACGAACCAGAAUGCGGGCGACUUUGUCACCGUCGACGCGGCGCCGGCGAACAAGACGGACGGGGGGGGCCGUGCGGCGGCCGUGGGGCACGAGGGUGAAGGCGACGGCGACGGAGACGACGACGACGACGACGCCGAGUUCAGCGGGAGUGACGAGGAGGAGAGGGCCGAGUGGGAGAGGAGGAGGCGGGACAAGCGGAGAUGA